GUAUUGCGAUGAAAUGUUCGCAUCGACAGCUGAACUAGACGCUCAUUGUACGCACUGUAACGGGUAUGGGUGCGAAGGUUGUGGGCAACAGUUUCCAUUUGUAGGGCAGCUUAGAGAGCACGAAUGUAAUGGUACUUCGAAGCACCAGCAAUCGAUGCAGCUUGUCAAUGAUUUGAUCGACGGCAUAGAAGUUUCGCUACCACUGCAGUGUGGUCUUUGCAGCAUGGAGUACAGCCAAAGCAGUAAACUAGCGCAACAUAUCGAAAAGGAACAUCCGGCGGCCUCGGUAACGCUACACCAGUGUAAUAUUUGCCCUCGAAAAUUUGCUUCCAUCGGAGCGACUCGCCACCACAGAGCGUUUCACAAAACCAAUACCGUCACCAGUGGAAAUACUAAACCGGCGGCGUUGGAUGAUCCGAACGAUUGCGUAAUUUGCCUUAAGAGCUUCAAGUUGGAUCGGGAACUAUUGCAGCAUCUGGAAACGGACCAUGCAGACGUAAGCGUGAAAUUGUACCAGUGCACAAAAUGCGACCGAAAGUUCACGACGGAGGCAAAACUACAAAAGCACGACUACAACACGCACCAGGGCCGGCAGCCGCAAUUUUUCUGCUCCUUCUGCGGCCGCCUGUUCACCAAACGGAUCGGUCUGCGCGAUCACGAAAGCACCCACCGCGGCGUUAGGCGGUAUCAGUGCAAGGAAUGUAACCGCGAGUUUAGCUACAAAAGCUCGUACGACCGACACAUGCAGGUGGUGCAUAGCGACGCCAAACAGUUUACCUGCCAGUUUUGCCAGAAGUGCUUCAAACGGAAAGCGACCCUCAAGGUACACCUCCGAUUGCAUACCGGCGAAAAGCCGUACCAGUGCGAGUUUUGCAGUUGUCGUUUUGUCGACCCCAGCUCCUUCCACAGGCAUAAGCAAAAAGAGCAUGGCCCCCCAACUUAA